AUGAGCUCAUCUAUCGGUCAAUUUUGUCUAAAGACGAAAAUAGCAUUCUUGUGCAACAGGGCUCCGGUGUUCACAAGGUGGGACAGUUCGCAGCCAGUCUCUUGCAAAGGGGCAAUGAUGAUUAUCAUCCUGGUGAAUAGGUUAUCAGAAUUGACCGAGGUGUUGGCAUCAAUCGAUCACUCACCACCACAUCCACCGCACCCACCACAAUUACCACCACCGCCACCACUGCAAGUGCUUCCGCAUGGCCCGCCACGGCAUCCAGCCGAGCCACAACCCGAGCCGCAGCCUCCCACUCCUCCACCAUAUGCAUAUCCACCGUAG